CUGUUUAGUACAUUAGCGUGCGCAUGAGGAUUUAGUAUUCUGCAAACAGUUUACCCUGAGCAAUAGUAGUGGCACCAACCGGCUCUUUGAGAAGUUUUAGGCAAUUUUACAAACAGUACAAGAACCCGAAGGAGAAAUGUGUUCAGAGCAGCUUUGAACAGAUUUGGUGUUGAGAUGAAGAGGCCUCUGUUAUGACAGUGGAGAUGGCAAUGUCUGGAGUUAGCAGAACCCUGUCCUGGAAACCAGCACCUAGUGAACCACAGCAGAAGAGUAGGCCUCGCUCUGAAGUGUUUAGCGAGAAUGCAGGCACAGUGAAGAUCCUCAAAGUGUGCUUUAUUAGCAACAGCUUUAAUCUGGGAAAGAAUUUUAAACUUGUCAAAUGUGAUGGUUCUUGGGAAAUUAAGGCAAUUAUCCAAUCUAUUUUAGAAAGUGGACGGCUUGGUCCAAACAUCAAGUUCACUGGCUGCUAUGGCUUGCGGCUUAAACACCUCAAAUCAGAUGAAGUGCACUGGCUCCAUCCAAACUUGACAGUCAGUGAAGUGGAGAGGAAGUAUGAGCAGCAGCAUGUGGAGGCAGAGUGGAGAUAUGACUUGAGAAUCCGGUACAUCCCUGCUGAUUUCUUGGAGAAGCUGAAAGAAGAUAAAACUACCAUGCUGUAUUUUUACCAGCAGGUCCGCAGUGACUACAUGCAGCACUGUGCCAGUAAAGUCAGUGAUGGCAUGGCCUUACAGUUGGGAUGCUUAGAGAUCAGGAGAUUUUACAAGGAUAUGAAUGCCAAUGGAUUGGAAAAAAAAUCUAAUUUUGAGCUUCUCGAGAAAGAAGUGGGCCUUGACUUGUUCUUUCCACAAGAAUUGAUCAACAGUAUGAAGCCAAAGCAACUCAAGAAAAUGAUCCAGCAAACAUUCCAGCAGUAUUCAUCUUUAAGGGAGGAGCAGUGCAUUAUGAAGUUCUUUGAAACAUUCUCACUGUUUUCCAGCUUUGAUGAGGAAGUUUUUCCAUGUGAGCUAGUGCAAGGAUGGAGUUUGGCUGUAGAUCUUGUUAUUGGCUCUAAAGGCAUUUGUCAACGCACUGACAAGAAUUCAGUGCCCAUAUGUUUAGCCGAUUUCACACAAAUUCAAAAGAUCAAAUGUUCCCUUCAGAAUGAUGGAAAGGCUCUGUUAUAUAUAGAAAUUCAGGGAGUAAAACAGCCUUUGUCCAUCAACACAGCCUCAUUAGCAAUUGCUGAGAACAUGGCUGACCUGAUAGAUGGUUAUUGCCGUUUAGGAAGUGGCAAAGACACUUCAUUUAUCAUGAGAUCAAAAAAAGAAAAAGAAGCCAGAAAUACGCUACCUCUUAUUCCUCAGAGUGUAAGUAAAGAGGGUACCUCUUUCUGCAGAUCAAACAUGAGCUCAGACAUAUAUGCAGAGAUACCCGAUGAUAAGCCCGAUACAGUGGACAGGCAUAGCAUUUCUAGAGACAGCAUUGUCCUUGGCCGGAUCCUUGGUGAAGGUUUCUUUGGGGAGGUUAAUGAAGGUGUUUACAAAAGCAAGACAGGAGAGAGAGUGAGUGUUGCAGUGAAGACAUGCAAGGACUGUUCAGCUGAUGUCAAAGAAAAGUUUAUGAGUGAAGCCGUGAUCAUGAAGAAACUUGAUCAUCCCCACAUUGUAAGACUGAUUGGCAUCAUCGAGGAGGACCCAGUUUGGAUUGUAAUGGAACUUUACCAGUUUGGGGAGCUAGGUAAUUAUCUGAUCGAGAACCAGCACAAACUGGCCAAUGCAACUCUCAUCCUGUACAGCCUACAAGUCUGCAAGGCUCUGGCUUACCUGGAGGGUGUAAAUAUGGUACACAGAGAUAUUGCUGUAAGGAAUGUUCUAGUUGCUAAACCAGAUUGUGUAAAGCUGGGUGAUUUUGGUUUAUCGAGGUACAUAGAAGAUGAAGAGUACUAUAAAGCUUCUGUGAGUCGACUACCUAUCAAAUGGAUGGCUCCUGAGUCUAUUAAUUUCAGGCGAUUCACCUCAGCUAGUGAUGUCUGGAUGUUUGCUGUGUGUAUGUGGGAGAUUAUGAGUCGGGGUCAGCAGCCUUUCUUCUGGCUGGAGAACAAGGAUGUCAUCAUGCAGCUGGAACAGGGCAUGCGGCUGCCCAAGCCUGAACUGUGCCCUCCUGCCCUUUACUCACUCAUGACAUGCUGUUGGACGUAUGACCCCAAAGAGAGACCCUCUUUUACACAACUCGUCUGUAAACUGAAUGAUGUUUACAAGAUGGAGCAAGAGCAGGCAGUGGAUCAGCAAAGGAACAGAACACGUCUCACAAGGAUGCCCAGUGCUGAUGCUCCACCUAAGCCAUCAAGACAGAGAACCGGAGAAUUUAACACUAUUAACCCAAGACUACAUAAUCAGCUACCCGACUAUUUGUGUGCUAGUUUACCUGUGCUCGCUCGCCCACCAGCCUUCCGAUCAACACACAUCUGCAGCAGCACAAUGACCCUGCCUUUGUCCCCGCGGCGCUGCAGCGUGGGGGAAAGAGCUUUUGGGUUUGAGCCAUCCAGUGUAGAGGAUGCUCAGCGGCUGUGGGAACUGGACAAGCAACGUAUGGAGGAGACUCUUCGGAGACAGAAAAUGGAGAUGCUGGCAGAUAGCCAAUGGCUUGAGAAUAAGGAAAAACUGCUGGAUCCAGGAGCCCAUGAUGAUACACAAAUAAAAACGCCCCCAGAACCAGAGACUGGAUACUCUCAGUUUCAAAGUCCCCCGGAGAAGCCUCCCAGACGGACUGCACAGCCAGCUCCCACAGCAGAACUGGAUCGCUCUGAGGAUAAGAUCUACAAUAAUGUGAUGGAAAUGGUCAAAAUGGUGAUGAAACUCAAGAAUGAUGUCAACACACUGCCUGCUUCGGAGUAUGUCGGUGUUGUGAAGGAUGUGGGACUGACUUUGCGCAACCUAAUCAGUAGUGUGGAUGAGGUCCUACCAAGCCUGCAUGACUCAGUCAGGACUGAGAUUGAAGGCACUCAGAAGUUGCUGAAUAAGGACCUGGCAGAGCUGAUCAGCAAGAUGCGACUGGCCCAGCAGAACGCCAUCACCUCUUUAAAGGAUGAAUGUAAGAAACAAAUGUUAACAGCAGCUCACACACUGGCUGUGGACUCUAAGAACCUUUUGGAUGCCGUGGACCAAGCUCGUGUGCGAGCAAAUAUUGCCAAACCUAAACCUAGCUGAUGUGCUCUAGCUUGGUGGUGUAUUUUAAUUUUUUAAAGGAAUGGCUCAGACAUUUGGGCUGCCCACUAACUUCGUUUAAAUGAUUUGGAUAUAAUGUAAAAGGAAAGGACAGAGAAAAGAUUAUAGCCUUAACGGUAUAGCUUUUUCCGAUUCUCUGGCACAGCAUUUCCUCUUUUGUUUAUUUAUGAUUAUAGACUAGAACGAAAGCUGGGCUUUCUUUGAAAUAAUAUUUUGAAUAUGAGCAUUUUAUUUGUAUUGCAUGUUCAAUUUGCUAAUAGUCAUUUUCAUAUCAAAAGUACUUAUCUUUCCGAAAUCAGAGAUUAUUUUGUGUAUAUUUUUUUAUCAAACAGAACAAAUGCAUUAUCUGGAGAAUUUGGAACACGAGAUAUUUUAAAAAAUGAAUGUAGCAUCUCUGUUCUGCAAUUCUGUAAAUAGUAAAUAACAGUAGUUAAAUACUAGAAUUAGUGAACUAUAAAAAGGAAAAAGUUUGCAGUAGACAGUAUUUUUGAUUUAAAUGUCAUCGUGUUCUCAUAUUUUAGUGCCAUAUUAUUUUAUUAACAUUUUUAUUAUUCUCAUGACAAUAAAAUAUUUCUGAAAUGCAA